UAGUUUGGGAACGCGCUUUGUGGGUCCGUGCCAAUCUCCCAGCAGCUCACCUGCACGCGGGACCGACCGCGCCGUUCUUCCUCUUCCAUCAAGUAAUGGCGAACCACACCUUCUCUCUCCGGUCUGUGUUUAGUCUCGAAAUACUGGACAGGCACAGACACAGAUUUAGAUGAAGACGCGUUCAGGGAUCUUAUCAGACUCAACAACCUCCGUCAUCUGAAAAUGACAGAUACAGCAGGUGGCUAAGGACCUUGGCUAUUCUUUGCAUCAUUCACCGCACUGUCUACUCUGCUGUGUUGGUCUCUCUAAGAAGAUAUAAAAAUCAGCUUGUUUUUGAAAACAUCUAAAAUGGGCUGCUCACCAUCCAAAGGUAACAAUUUUGGGACUCUGGGUCCUGUGAGGAAGAGCAGAAUGCUGCCCCCUGCACUUCAAGAAAGCCCUAGACAGUCCCCAUUUGAAGAUGGAGAGAAUCGUAAUUCAACUGCAUCUACAGAUGGGGAUACAAAGGAGAGGAAGACAGCUGGACAAUCCCAGGUAAUUCAGAAAGAGGCACAUAUGACACCACAAAAAAAGAGAUCUGUGACUGAACUCGCCCCACAAGCAGUAAACACGGAUAAAUUUGGGAGUCAAGCAGUGGACAACAACACAGUGUCCCAGAAAAAAGAAAAAAAUUAUGACAAGCAGGAUAUAACAGAGAAAAAGUCUGGCAGAAAACCAAAGAAAAACACCAGAGGUGCAAAAGUUCUGAAAAAGAAAGAAAAAGACAAACUAACUUCAGAGCACAAAGUGGAUUUCCCAGAACCCCUGGUAAAAGCUCACCAAGCUGCUUAUGCCUUUUUGAAUCCAAGCAUAAACAAAUAUGACGUUCUGCUUGGACUUUUGGAACAAGCAACUCAAACUCAGGUUUCUGUGCAGCCUAUGGUUGCUUUUAUGGCUCUACGCUAUGAGGAAAUAAUUCAGGGACUGGAAGAGAUGGCAGAUGAGGGAGAAAAAGUUUUCAAAGAAAACGGAGAACAUCUUGCUUGGCCAAGUCAAAUGAAAAACCUCUCAUCUUCCACUCUGAAGUCUGGCUCUGCUAAUAUUGAGCCCCCACCGGAUUUGCUGCAGCAGCUGCUUCAGUACACCACACAGAGAAUGCGAAAUGUGAGCCGGACUGUUGGUGGAAUUGGGGACUCUGCUUUGGAGGAGGCAGUGGAGUUCUUUGCCUCAGUCUCAGAGCUAUUAGAGGAGAAACUGAAAGUCAAACGUGCGGUAGAGACUAGACUAAUGCAACUCUUAUCCCGUAUUGAAAUGGCCUCUCUGCGCAAGCCUGGGCCUGAGGACUCUGCUCUGUUUAGUGAGGACAGUGGUAUUGGGGCUGAGAGUGAAUCCCUUGCUGGAUCUGAAAGACACUAUAGACGAGAGAGUUGUGAGUCUACUGCAACAAAUAGAACUACUCCGGUCAGUCCUAUUGGAUACACCUCCAUGAACACUAGGCAAGGAGUGUCAAGGCAAAAGCUUCUAAGUCAAAUAAGUCCAAGUGUUUCCCUCACCUCACUCAACUCACUAGGUUCUACAUGUACCAUAAUGGCUAAUGAGCAAAGAGACUCAUUGCUUGGAUCAGUCUCCUUAGAUGAUGGGGAGGAAGACGACAAUGAUGAUAAUAAGGAAAUUGACAGAGGCAUGGGAGAUGUGCAAGUACGGUUUAGAAAGCAAUCAAAUUCUUCACCUGUAGACCGUGAACAACAACACCCAUGCCGCCUACCCCCAAAGCGAAUAGAGAAUCCUCAAAAUGUAGAAAUGACUCUCAAAAUGAAAAAUGCUAUAAGUGGUAGGAUACAGUUUGUCCCAUCACAGAACCCUAGUGCCAAAACAAAAGUAGCAGGAAGCCCAAAAAACAGUAGACGGCAGUGGAUGGAUGAGGAGGAACGAUCUCCAAAGAGGCCUCAAACAGCAGCACCUGUUCGGAAGGCAGUGGUAAAAAAGAGCCCAGUGGGUAGAGAGCAACGUUCUCGGUCAGCAGAAUCCCUGCGGAGCAAAGGUGAAGAUCCUACUCUACUUGAACUAGAAAGGACUCAGAAGGAUUUAAACCAGAGGUUGCAGAGGAUGAGUAAAAGCAUGGCAGGUGUAAACACGAGGACUGCUCCAUCUAAGCAAAAUCAAGGAAGCUCACCGGCACAGUCUCCAGCAAUAAAUCGCAAACAUCCACCACUAGAAAAGAACAGCAAUCCCCAACCACUUAAAGACAAAGCAGACAUAACAAAGCACAACAAUAAAAAACAGGAGGUAACCACUGAUUUUGAAGAUGAUAAACAGAAGAACAAGAAAACACCAAAGGGUCCUGUAAAAGCCACCCCACCCCCUAGCCCUCCUUCAUCACCACUGCCAUCGUCAGGUUUUCGCAGAGGUAGGAAUUCAGUCAAAAAACUGAUUGAUACCUUUAGUCAAGGAAUAGAGGAACUUGACAGUCCUACAGUUCUUGGGCCUCUCAAAGGAGUACGGAAGUGUGGUGUUCCUGUGUUACCUGGUUUAGGAAAUGUGGAAGCCGUGCUUAGUGCUGGGAUAACCAGCUGCAGGCCUGAAUCCAACUCAUCUGAGAAAACUGGUGAUUUAGAUCUGGAUAGUCUUCCUCCACCUCCACCGGAAGUAUUAAUGGACAAUUCCUUUGAAGGUGCCCAGAGUCUUUCAAGUGGUGUAGCAGAUGAUGGGACUACAAAAGUUGGCAAAUCACCAGUGUUAAAAAGGACUGUGGUAUCACAAAGACUCAGGGCCUCAGUUCAUUCAGUGACAGUGCUGCCAAGCAAAGGAGGCUUGCGACAAGCUUCUAAGGUUAUUUCCCUUGCUAGAGCAGAUCAACAAGAAACAUCUGCUCUAUCGAAGGUUAGCCAACCAGAUGCUCAACUGGAGGCAGACCCAGGAAAGGAAAAGGAUUCUUUGUACCAGCAAGCCAGAAAGAUUAUACACCUAAGGCACUCUUCAGACUCUCAAACAGAGAAAUCAUCAACAAGUUAUUUAGAAGCCAAUCCACCUACCAGUCAAGAAGAAUCAGCAGACUUUCAAGAUGGUGGCAACUCUUCGGUGCCUGGAACUAACACUACAGUGUCUAUAUUGCUUCCUUCAGCAGCAGUCACUAGCCAACCACCUGCCACACCACCUAAGUCUAGGGGUCGCAUGUUACCGUCCACACCUUCAACACCUAGCAGCUUACAACGAAGACUUCCCAGUCCCCACAAUUUCAAAAGGCAACCUACUCCACCAUCUUCAGCUAGCCCCCCUGUUAACAGGAAACUCCCCACACCACCAGCAGUUCAGAGGAGACUCACCAGCUCACCUGUUGCAAAGCAGAACAUCUUAAACUCAAACUCAGCUUCGUCAUACCCUUUCAAAGCACCGUCUCCACCAGCCUCGCCAAAAGUGCAAAGAUGGUCAAGAGAGAACAGCAGUGAAGACUCAUCUAGUGCUCGGAUGGUCAAUAAUGCACGUUCAGUCUUCUGCCCUGCGUCACCAUCCCUGUUUGAGGCCCAGCCUUGUUCAGUUCCCCGGCCCCCUCAAGCAUGGACCUCUACUGGGGUGUCUUCUUUCUCACGGCCUUUGGGAACUCAUGCAAGGUUUCCUGUAUCUUUUCAAGGACCUCGACCCUUCAUUCGACGAAGUCAUUCAGACCGAAGACCAAGUCUAAGUCUGCCACCAAGAUCACCAGGGAUCUCAGUGGCUGAGACUUGUGGGAGUGAGCCAGCAAUAUUUUCACAGGGGCUGGAAGAUGAACCAACCAGGGACGAUGAAUUAUGGGGUAGCCAAUCAGACCUUAGAGCUACACCACGCUCUGCAUCACACCCAGAUCUUUGUGUUGUCGGUCAGGCCUUGCACAGAGACUAAAGGGGCCAGUGAAGGGCCAGCGGGAUUAUGGAUUAGCAGGCCUUACCAAGGAUUUAAAGUGAUGGUGUUUAUUCCACUGAGAAGAGAGAAGGAGCUAAUUCUAUCCACUCGUUGCAGUCACACACCUCCAAAAUGUUUAUAAUUACACUAAAUGUGUUUCAGUGUUAAUUUCUUGUGUAUGUGCAACUUUGCAUGCAUACGUGUGCGCAUGCACUGUGUUUGUGCAUAAACAUGCUCUUGAAUUUUUUUGUGCAUAGCAUGUAUUUCAGAGAGGAAUAAAUUUUAUGACACAACUUCAUGUUUACAAUAUAUGGACUUAUCUUCUGGCUUCAUAAUGAUUCCACAGAUUUUCCAUCCAAAUCAUCGAGAUCAUCAAGAGGUGGUUCAGAAAUGAAUCAUGCUUUAAAGUUGCAUGAGUGAACUUUGAGUUCACUCAGAUCAGUGUUUACAUCAUCGAAAUGAAAAUACAAUGUAGUGACUUGGUGGCCAAGUGAUCAAAAGUGUCCAGCCUUUAUGUAUUAAAAAAGCAGAAAAAGUCCACAAACAAAAUGUGUUAAUAUGUAAUGGAGUUUUAUUCCUCCAUUACUGACAAAUUAGCUAUCUCAUUGAAUUAAAUAAAAGUAAAUACAUCACGUCAGUGGCAUGAACUAUUCCAGGAAUAUGUGUCUAGGGUUUUUUGAAAUUAUGGUCAUCAUCAAAAAUGGAAUAUCAUAUGAUUGUUAUUAAGUAUAUGUUUUAAUUAAUUCAGUGAGACGUCAGUUCUGUCUUCAUUUGCUGCAAGCUAUAAUGUACCUGUCCGCCAUUAUUUUCAAGAAAAACUUUUUUAAUCAAUUUUUAUUUUUCUGUGUUUCAUGUUUUCUUUUUACUAUUUUUUUUAUUAAUAAA